AUGCUGCAACGAAGUGCCUGCAGGAUCGUGCCUGCCAUCACCCGCAGAGCUCUCCCUUCCGUCUCUGCCAAAUACUCGACUCAGACCGACAACCCAGUCCCUGCCAACAACCCGAACCCCAAGGAGCGGAGAUCGCCCGUCUCCAACACCAAUGCCCUUCCCACACAUGCAUUCGGCCAACAGGRCAAGGCACUGGUAGAAGACCCAGUCGCCGGGGAGGAGAAGCGGGUCGCGCAAUCGCCCAACCGCGAGACGACUUGGAGCAGAAGCCAGCAGCCACGCGCAAAGGCCAUGGUCGGCCCACGUUUUGAGCAGACGAUCAUGGAGGAUCAGCCCCGGCCAUACGCAGCCAUUGAUCUGAUCCACCAGCAGCCCGUCACCUGGACCAAGAAGAAGGUCGUGUCCUGUGACGGCGGUGGUGGACCAUUGGGACACCCCAGAAUCUUCAUCAACACAGACAAGCCACAGAUUUGCUGGUGCACGUACUGCGGUCUGCCAUUUGCACACGAGCACCACCGCAAGCAUCUUGAAAGCCUGCCCUCGACCUCAUACCCGCUUGCUCCAACUGGAAGCGCAGCAGAGAUUCCCGCAGCACAUUUGAAUGCAGGCGGCGCGGAGACGGGGGCCACUACGCCUUUACAGACGGCAAGCGGCGCGCCCUAUGAGCAGAGAUGA